AAACACUUCCACAGGUAGGUGAGGGAGCAGCGGAUCGGGCUGCGGGCUCGGAUCACCUUUCAGUUCUGGCUGCAGGAUCCUCGGGGUGGGAUGACAGAACAGCAGACAGCUCAGGAGGAUGUGAGGAGGAGCAACAGAGGAGCUGCAAAACACGAGGAAAGAGAUUAUCAUUCUGAUGUUGAGAACGUGACGGAGGAGCAGCAGAGCUAUGGCAGGAUGGUUGGAGAGUCUCUGCAGGCAGCUCCACAGGAGCAGCAGGAGCCGUCAGGCAGGAGGAAACCUGCGUUUGUCAGGUCAAAGACUUUUGACAACUCCUUGCUGACUCAGAUCCAAACAGACUCAGACUCUAAGAUAGAGAGAAAGAAGUCUCACUACAGCCAGCUUUCAAAGACCAACGGUCAGUACCAUAAAAUAUUUAAGGAGAUCAGUAAAGAGGAACAGCUCAGACAGAGUUACACCUGUGCUUUGCAGAAAGAUAUCCUCUAUCAGGGACGUAUGUUCGUCUCCGAUCACUGGAUCUGCUUUCACUCCAAGGUUUUUGGGAAAGACACCAAGAUCGCCAUCCCUGUGACGUCGAUUACAAACAUCAAGAAAACUAAAACUGCCAUCUUGGUGCCAAACGCUCUGGUGAUCGCAACGACAAACGACAGGUAUGUGUUCGUGUCCUUCCUGUCCAGAGAAAACACCUACAAGUUUCUGAUGUCGGUGUGUCUUCACUUGGAGGAAAGGAGUCCAUGCAGCAGCCCCAUCCCCUCCUCAGCUCCUAACAGCUUCAGAGGUCAGAGGUCACCACUAUCGCCUCGUUUUCCUCUGAGGGACUUCGGUGGCCUGGAAGGAGGCGUGCGACAGAGGAGGCAGGAGGUGGAGGAGAGCAGCAGCUCCGACUCUCAGGCUCCAGACUACGAUAAGAUAACCGACUUGCCUGUUCCUCCUUUCUUGGACGCUCUGAACCAGACGUCACCUCCGGUCCCGGAGCAACAGUACAACAUGAAGAAGCAGCAUCUGAACCAGCAGAACUCAGACUGCAAACUGCCCAGCAGUCAUCACCUGGGCUCAGCGGUUGUGAUGGACAGCUGGAACCUGAAACCAGUUUCUCUCAACACUCUGCUGGUUGUUUACAUGUUUCUAGUGUGUGUUCUGGUCUUGUCCUCCUGCUAUCUGGCCUUCAGGAUCGUGUCUCUGGAACAGAGACUGACGACGCUCGGGUCUUUGACCGAGUUCUCACACCACGAAAGCAGCCUUCUGACUGGGAGUUCUGCUGUAAACACUGAGCUUUUCUCUGAACUGCUCACACUUAACCUGCUGAAGCUGGAAAAGGUGCAGAAGAAUCUUCAGAGAUUGUUGGAAGAAGCUGCCUGACAGUAUGUCAAAUGGAAGCAUAUAGUACUGUAAAUAUUCUGUAAAAAUAUAUAUAUUGUUUUUAACAAAUGUUACAAACUGAAAUCCUGCCCCACAAGCUUUCAGAUUCUGCUCCAGAUGUUUCUUUCUCAGUUCACACAAAGAAAAUUAGAUUAGAUUACUUUACUGUCAUUGUACAGAGCACAAUGAAAUUACAGUUCAGAACACACAUUCACAAGAAG